CAGCACUUGGGGCACUGCUCUUCCUUCAACCACUCACCGCUGGAAAUCCUGUUGACCCAGUCCUCACAGGUCCCCUGUGAAGUGGUAGAUGGUGUCACUCCAUGACUGCAGAUGACCACACUGAGGCUCAGAGAAGGUUAAGUGACUUGCCUGAGGUCACCCAGCUGCCAGUCACGCCUGCCUGCUCCCAAGCAGAUGAAUCAACACUCUACUCAGGAUCUUACUGAAAUGCAAUGGUUGAGGAAGAACUUUUGGGUCAGCAUAGCUGUGACCAUCAUCAUUGUCUCCGUGGGCCUGGGUCUUCUCCUGUUCUGCAUCUGUAGGUGGCUGCUUAGACGAGAGAAGAAAUUGGAAAUUGUCAAGAACUUGAAACAAAAACGAAGAGAUGAAGAAAUGAUGUAUGAGAAUGUUCUUAGUCAACUGCCAGAUCAAUUACCCCCUCUGCCACCCAGGCAUUUGCCCUCUCCAGAAGAUGCCUCCCCACAGGAACCUCCGGGGCAGUUACCAACAACAACAUACUCAUCAGUAAAUAAAGUUGGACAUAAGAAGACAGUUUCGAUUCCAAGUUAUAUUGAGCCUGAAGAUGACUAUGAUGAUGUUGAAAUCUCUACAAAUAUGGCAAGCCAUCAUUUUGAAACAACUGUUUCUUCUUUUUGGAAAGCUGAAGAAGGGUCACACAAUUUAUUUUAAAAAGUAGAGAAGGAUUGAACUACUAGAGGUAUCUGGAGCCCAAAAACCAGUGGUAAUGUUAUGAAGUUCUGUUAAGAUAAGUACUUCCUGAACUUUAGCUGAAGAAGCUUCAACGAUCAGAUGACAGCAGCCAGAGGACAGAUGUUUGUGCUCAGCCCCGAAGACUGAUGGGAGUCGGGCCUUAAGAUUCCAUCAAGGAGUUUACACAGGGAGGACCACUGGGCUCCAUGGCUCCCACCUGAGAAAAUGACUCAAUUCUCAGCACACUUGCCCUCUCCUUCCCUAGUUUGUAUGGUUCUAAGUGACUGUACUUAGAAGCCAUGCUUCCUAAGUGAUCUGAAAUCUUGGAUUUUGAUAUUACAGGGCCUCCCAGGCUCCUAAAUCCAGGAAGGCUGCCACUGAGCAUACCAUCUUGCCAACACCCAUCUUGUCCACCACCCUAAUUGAGGCACUGUGGGUGGUAGUCACAGUUACAGUCCAGUGUCUUAUGGGAACAUUACUUCUUCGUGCCUUGUAAGUUCUUCAAGGGUGGGGAAUACUUUUUGUUCUUGUGAACCCCUCCCUGCUUGUACACACCCCAAACUCCAGUGUCUCUAUGAUCUUGACCAAACUGACCACAGGGAUUCAAGUUCUCCCUGGGGUUUUUUCCUAUGCUUCCCGGUUGCCCUGUAACAAUCAACAAAGGGUAGAAGUUACCUUCUGAUUUACACAUAGAGGCUUCCUUUUGCAAUACAUAUA